CUAUUUAGUCCUGCCCACCUCCGCCUAUCUUCUACAGCAGCAGAGCACACCGUCACACACCCCAGAACUCGAUCGACAACCCACAUCCAUCUCUAGCUUCUACCAGCUGAAGCACACUAGCACCAAGACAGAGGCAGACUCCAUGGACGCUGUAGAGUCCUCUUCGUCCUACUCGCCACCGUCACUGCGCCACAAGCUGCGGACCACCGUGUGCGGCUGCUUCGGCUCGCCGUCGUCGCCGGGUAGCGGCGGGGAGAGGCCACAAAACAGCGGCAGGGCCAGGUGGAGGAGGCGCGUGGCGGCCGCGGGGGAGUUCAGGUACGACCCGCUCAGCUACGCGCUCAACUUCGACGACGGCGCCAGCGGCAGCGAUGACGGCGCGGAAGCAGAGGACGCGGCCUUCCCGUACCGGAACUUCAACUCGCGCCUGCCGCCCUCGCCGGCGCCGGCCUCCCGAGCCGUCGCCAUCGCCUGAAGUCGCCAAUCGAAUCGUACAAGUAGCUGUCGGCCGUCCUUUGCUGCUUCUGUACCUUUCUGUCUCUCUGAUUCUUCUUCUUCUCCAAGUGAAACUGUAUUAACUCUGUGAAAGCAUUUUAUACGGCCGUGCAAAUCGCAGCGAUGUAGCGGCAGUGUACCAGUAGCAUCAUUGUAUACUGUAUACAUAUAGGAUAAUAGGAAUCGAUCAACCAAUUUUAAUGUUC